AUGGAAAUGCCAUAUUGGAUGGCUUAUCCUUAUGCUAUCAAUGAAUAUGUUGGGCUGGAAAUGCCUGAAAGAUAUAAUAAACGAGUGAGGAACGCGUUAAGAGCCGGGCCUAUGAGUGUAAAUCUGAGAGAACUUUGUCCUUAUUUUUAUCUGUUUGGAUUUAAGAUGAUGGCAGAUCUUGAUUUAUCCACUUCUGUAAAUGAAGAAAUAUACCAAAGGCUUGUAGAUAGUUAUAAAGAACGAACUCGGGAAAUUAUCAAUCAUGCAUUUUCUACGGACAGCAAAGAGGAAUCUGAAAUAGAAAAUAAGUUUGAUGAAACGGAGAAGCAAUUGUACAAAUUAUUAAGAGAGCAAGCUUUGAGAUGGAAGAAAGGCGUAGAAAAUGAUUCUUCGGCUGAACCACAACUUAACGAGGAAGCAGAUUGGGAUAAUAUGGAUACUGAAGAUGGGGAAUCAGAAGACGAUACAGAAGUUGACGAAGAAAGUGAUGAUGACGACGAAGAUAUUAAUGAUGUUGAAUCUUGA